AUGAAGGUACAAAGUCAAUCUUGUAAGUAAUCUGAUGACAGUUAUCCCUUGAAAAAUGUUGGGGUUUAUCCAUUUUUGUCUUCCCGGUCUUCUUGGUCCAUGGAGACUACGAUACUACCGUGUGAUACAGUUGAAGGUAUGGAAGACCCAGCAUUAAUUGCUCCAGGAAGUAUUACAUCAAACGUUCCAACACAAAAUGAUAUUGAGGAAAUCCGACCUGGAGGAGAUUUAUUAAUCAUACCGGACGUACCUGAUCAAAAUCCAUCAAUAAUCAUAACAUUAGAUGCAAGACCAGAAUUAGGAAACAUAGACAUUGUGCCGCUCUCUGAUGAAAGCAAUGUGGCUUCGUACCACAGUGAGUGGGACAACCAUAUCUGGCACGGUACCAUCAGAACAACUAUUCCUAGUGUAGGACCAUCCGUAACUGGGCCAUCAGUCAGUGGAACAACGGUCUCUGCUACAGUACCAUCAGUUACUGGAACAACUGUCCCUGGAACUGGACCAUCAGCUAGAACAACUAUUCCUAGUGUAGGAACAUCUGUAACUGGGCCAUCAGUCAGUGAAACAACGGUCUCUGCUACAGUACCAUCAGUUACUGGAACAACUGUCCCUGGAACUGGGCCAUCAGUCAGUGGAUCAACUCUCUCUGUUACAGUACCACCUGUAAGUGGGACAACCAUAUCUGGCACAGUACCAUCAGUAAGUGGAACAACUGUCUCUGUUUCAGGACCAUCUGUUACAGGAACAACUAUUCCUAGUGUAGGACCAUCCGUAACUGGGCCAUCAGUCAGUGGAACAACGGUCUCUGCUACAGUACCAUCAGUUACUGGAACAACUGUUGCUGGAACUGGGCCAUCAGUUAGUGGAUCAACUAUCUCUGUUACAGUACCACCUGUAAGUGGGACAACCAUAUCUGGCACGGUACCAUCAGUAAGUGGAACAACUGUCUCUGUUUCAGGACCAUCUGUUACAGGAACAACUAUUCCUAGUGUAGGACCAUCCGUAACUGGGCCAUCAGUCAGUGGAACAACGGUCUCUGCUACAGUACCAUCAGUUACUGGAACAACUGUCCCUCGAACUGGGCCAUCAGCUAGAACAACUAUUCCUAGUGUAGGACCAUCCGUAACUGGGCCAUCAGUCAGUGGAACAACGGUCUCUGCUACAGUGUCAUCAGUUACUGGAACAACUGUUGCUGGAACUGGGCCAUCAGUUAGAACAACUAUUCCUAGUGUAGGACCAUCCGUAACUGGGCCAUCAGUCAGUGGAACAACGGUAUCUGCUACAGUACCAUCAGUUACUGGAACAACUGUCCCUGGAACUGGGCCAUCAGCUAGUGGAUCAACUAUCUCUGUUACAAUACCACCUGUAAGUGGGACAACCAUAUCUGGCACAGUACCAUCAGUAAAAGGCACAACUGUCUCUGUUUCAGGACCAUCUGUUACAGGAACAAAUAUUCCUAGUGUAGGACCAUCCGUAACUGGGCCAUCAGUCAGUGGAACAACGGUCUCUGCUACAGUACCAUCACUUACUGGAACAACUGUCCCUGGAACUGGGCCAUCAGCUAGUGGAUCAACUAUCUCUGUUACAUCUGUUACAGGAACAACUAUUCCUAGUGUAGGACCAUCCGUAACUGGGCCAUCAGUCAGUGGAACAACAGUAUCUGCUACAGUACCAUCAGUUACUGGAACAACUGUUGCUGGAACUGGGCCAUCAGUUAGUGGAUCAACUAUCUCUGUUACAGUACCACCUGUAAGUGGGACAACCAUAUCUGGCACGGUACCAUCAGUAAGUGGAACAACUGUCUCUGUUUCAGGACCAUCUGUUACAGGAACAACUAUUCCUAGUGUAGGACCAUCCGUAACUGGGCCAUCAGUCAGUGGAACAACGGUCUCUGCUACAGUACCAUCAGUUACUGGAACAACUGUCCCUGGAACUGGGCCAUCAGCUAGUGGAUCAACUAUCUCUGUUACAGUACCACCUGUAAGUGGUACAACCAUAUCUGGCACAGUACCAUCAGUAAGUGGAACAACUGUCUCUGUUUCAGGGCCAUCUGUUACAGGAACAACUAUUCCUAGUGCAGGAACAUCUGUAACUGGGCCAUCAGUCAGUGGAACAACGGUCUCUGCUAUAGUACCAUCAGUUACUGGAACAACUGUCCCUGGAACUGGGCCUUCAGCUAGUGGAUCAACUAUCUCUGUUACAAUACCACCUGUAAGUGGGACAACCAUAUCUGGCACAGUACCAUCAGUAAGUGGAACAACUGUCUCUGUUUCAGGACCAUCUGUUACAGGAACAACUAUUCCUAGUGUAGGACCAUCCGUAACUGGGCCAUCAGUCAGUGGAACAACGGUAUCUGCUACAGUACCAUCAGUUACUGGAACAACUGUCCCUGGAACUGGGCCAUCAGUUAGUGGAUCAACUAUCUCUGUUACAGUACCACCUGUAAGUGGGACAACCAUAUCUGGCACGGUACCAUCAGUAAGUGGAACAACUGUCUCUGUUUCAGGACCAUCUGUUACAGGAACAACUAUUCCUAGUGUAGGACCAUCCGUAACUGGGCCAUCAGUCAGUGGAACAACGGUCUCUGCUACAGUACCAUCAGUUACUGGAACAACUAUUGCUGGAACUGGGCCAUCAGUUAGAACAACUAUUCCUAGUGUAGGACCAUCCGUAACUGGGCCAUCAGUCAGUGGAACAACGGUCUCUGCUACAGCACCAUCAGUUACUGGAACAACUGUUGCUGGAACUGGGCCAUCAGUUAGAACAACUAUUCCUAGUGUAGGACCAUCCGUAACUGGGCCAUCAGUCAGUGGAACAACGGUAUCUGCUACAGUACCAUCAGUUACUGGAACAACUAUUGCUGGAACUGGGCCAUCAGUUAGUGGAUCAACUAUCUCUGUUACAGUACCACCUGUAAGAACAACUAUUCCUAGUGUAGGAACAUCCGUACCUGGGCCAUCAGUCAGUGGAACAACGGUCUCUGCUACAGUACCAUCAGUUACUGGAACAACUGUCCCUGGAACUGGGCCAUCAGCUAGUGGAUCAACUAUCUCUGUUACAAUACCACCUGUAAGUGGGACAACCAUAUCUGGCACAGUACCAUCAGUAAGUGGAACAACUGUCUCUGUUUCAGGGCCAUCUGUUACAGGAACAACUAUUCCUAGUGUAGGAACAUCUGUAACUGGGCCAUCAGUCAGUGGAACAACGGUCUCUGCUAUAGUACCAUCAGUUACUGGAACAACUGUCCCUGGAACUGGGCCAUCAGCUAGUGGAUCAACUAUCUCUGUUACAAUACCACCUGUAAGUGGGACAACCAUAUCUGGCACAGUACCAUCAGUAAGUGGAACAACUGUCUCUGUUUCAUGCAGGAACAUCUGUAACUGGGCCAUCAGAACAACUAUUCCUAGUGUAGGACCAUCCGUAACUGGGCCAUCAGUCAGUGGAACAACGGUCUCUGCUACAGUACCAUCAGUUACUGGAACAACUGUUGCUGGAACUGGGCCAUCAGUUAGAACAACUAUUCCUAGUGUAGGACCAUCCGUAACUGGGCCAUCAGUCAGUGGAACAACAGUAUCUGCUACAGUACCAUCAGUUACUGGAACAACUGUUGCUGGAACUGGGCCAUCAGUUAGAACAACUAUUCCUAGUGUAGGACCAUCCGUAACUGGGCCAUCAGUCAGUGGAACAACGGUCUCUGCUACAGUACCAUCAGUUACUGGAACAACUGUCCCUGGAACUGGGCCAUCAGCUAGUGGAUCAACUAUCUCUGUUACAGUACCACCUGUAAGUGGUACAACCAUAUCUGGCACAAUACCAUCAGGAACAACUAUUCCUAGUGCAGGAACAUCUGUAACUGGGCCAUCAGUCAGUGGAACAACGGUCUCUGCUAUAGUACCAUCAGUUACUGGAACAACUGUCCCUGGAACUGGGCCUUCAGCUAGUGGAUCAACUAUCUCUGUUACAAUACCACCUGUAAGUGGGACAACCAUAUCUGGCACAGUACCAUCAGUAAGUGGAACAACUGUCUCUGUUUCAGGACCAUCUGUUACAGGAACAACUAUUCCUAGUGUAGGACCAUCCGUAACUGGGCCAUCAGUCAGUGGAACAACGGUAUCUGCUACAGUACCAUCAGUUACUGGAACAACUGUUGCUGGAACUGGGCCAUCAGUUAGUGGAUCAACUAUCUCUGUUACAGUACCACCUGUAACUGGGACAACCAUAUCUGGAACAACUAUUCCUAGUGUAGGACCAUCCGUAACUGGGCCAUCAGUCAGUGGAACAACGGUCUCUGCUACAGUACCAUCAGUUACUGGAACAACUGUUGCUGGAACUGGGCCAUCAGUUAGAACAACUAUUCCUAGUGUAGGACCAUCCGUAACUGGGCCAUCAGUCAGUGGAACAACGGUCUCUGCUACAGUACCAUCAGUUACUGGAACAACUGUCCCUGGAACUGGGCCAUCAGCUAGUGGAUCAACUAUCUCUGUUACAGUACCACCUGUAAGUGGUACAACCAUAUCUGGCACAAUACCAUCAGUAAGAACAACUAUUCCUAGUGUAGGACCAUCCGUAACUGGGCCAUCAGUCAGUGGAACAACGGUAUCUGCUACAGUACCAUCAGUUACUGGAACAACUGUUGCUGGAACUGGGCCAUCAGUUAGAACAACUAUUCCUAGUGUAGGACCAUCCGUAACUGGGCCAUCAGUCAGUGGAACAACGGUCUCUGCUACAGUACCAUCAGUUACUGGAACAACUGCUGCUGGAACUGGGCCAUCAGUUAGUGGAUCAACUAUCUCUGUUACAGUACCACCUGUAAGUGGGACAACCAUAUCUGGCACGGUACCAUCAGUAAGUGGAACAACUGUCUCUGUUUCAGGACCAUCUGUUACAGGAACAACUAUUCCUAGUGUAGGACCAUCCGUAACUGGGCCAUCAGUCAGUGGAACAACGGUCUCUGCUACAGUACCAUCAGUUACUGGAACAACUGUUGCUGGAACUGGGCCAUCAGUUAGUGGAUCAACUAUCUCUGUUACAGUACCACCUGUAAGUGGGACAACCAUAUCUGGCACGGUACCAUCAGUAAGUGGAACAACUGUCUCUGUUUCAGGACCAUCUGUUACAGGAACAACUAUUCCUAGUGUAGGACCAUCCGUAACUGGGCCAUCAGUCAGUGGAACAACGGUCUCUGCUACAGUACCAUCAGUUACUGGAACAACUGUUGCUGGAACUGGGCCAUCAGUUAGUGGAUCAACUAUCUCUGUUACAGUACCACCUGUAAGUGGGACAACCAUAUCUGGCACGGUACCAUCAGUAAGUGGAACAACUGUCUCUGUUUCAGGACCAUCUGUUACAGGAACAACUAUUCCUAGUGUAGGACCAUCCGUAACUGGGCCAUCAGUCAGUGGAACAACGGUCUCUGCUACAGUACCAUCAGUUACUGGAACAACUGUCCCUGGAACUGGGCCAUCAGCUAGUGGAUCAACUAUCUCUGUUACAGUACCACCUGUAAGUGGUACAACCAUAUCUGGCACAAUACCAUCAACAGGAACAACUAUUCCUAGUGCAGGAACAUCUGUAACUGGGCCAUCAGUCAGUGGAACAACGGUCUCUGCUAUAGUACCAUCAGUUACUGGAACAACUGUCCCUGGAACUGGGCCUUCAGCUAGUGGAUCAACUAUCUCUGUUACAAUACCACCUGUAAGUGGGACAACCAUAUCUGGCACAGUACCAUCAGUAAGUGGAACAACUGUCUCUGUUUCAGGACCAUCUGUUACAGGAACAACUAUUCCUAGUGUAGGACCAUCCGUAACUGGGCCAUCAGUCAGUGGAACAACGGUCUCUGCUACAGUACCAUCAGUUACUGGAACAACUGUUGCUGGAACUGGGCCAUCAGUUAGUGGAUCAACUAUCUCUGUUACAGUACCACCUGUAAGUGGUACAACCAUAUCUGGCACAGUACCAUCAGUAAGUGGAACAACUGUCUCUGUUUCAGGACCAUCUGUUACAGGAACAACUAUUCCUAGUGUAGGAACAUCCGUACCUGGGCCAUCAGUCAGUGGAACAACGGUCUCUGCUACAGUACCAUCAGUUACUGGAACAACUGUCCCUGGAACUGGGCCAUCAGCUAGACAAUCUGUUACAGGAACAACUAUUCCUAGUGUAGGACCAUCCGUAACUGGAACAACUGUCCCCGGAACAACUAUUCCUAGUGUAGGACCAUCCGUAACUGGAACAACUGUCCCCGGUACUGGGUCAUCAGUCAGUGGAACAACGGUCUCUGCUACAGUACCAUCAGUUACUGGAACAACUCUCCCUGGAACUGGGCCAUCAGCUAGUGGAUCAACUAUCUCUGUUACAUUACCAGCUGUAAGUGGGACAACUAUAUCUGGCACAUUACCAUCAGUAAGUGGAACAACUGUCUCUGUUUCUGGAACAACUAUUCCUAGUGUAGGACCAACUGUCUCUGGUACUGGGCCAUCAGCAAGUGGAACAACGGUGUAUGUUACAGGACCAUCAAUAACGGUAUCAACUACUCAAAAGGGUGCUGCAGGCGGAACAUCACCACCAAGAAUAUCAUUUGGAACUUCAACUAUUACUGGAACAGCUGUCACUAGUAUGGUACCAUCAGUAAGUGGAACAACUGUCCCUGGUACAGGACCAUCCGUAACUGGAACAACUGUAUCUAGUAUAGGACCAUCUUCAACUGGAACAACUGUCUCUGGUAUUAGACGUUAUGUGUUUUGA